AGCAGACGUUGUCAAACGACCGUGCUCCUCGCGUUGUUCCAGGUGUACGGUGUGUAUGAUAUUGCGGAGGUUCUCUCUGUUUCUGGAGCUUCAUCAGUCCAUCUGAUCGAAGCGGCCUGACGCGGUAUGCUUUGUCCUUCAGCCGGCUGUCUGUCAGACGUCUGAAAUGCCAUUUCUCCGUCCUCGGCCCCCUUUUUUCUUAGAGAAUAAAGCGGGAACGCCGCUAAAAUGAAGACCGGGAUAAUAAUUUGAGCCGCUUGUUUUUAGCUCGAAUGGGAACAAGCUAGCUGUUAGGCUAGCCAGACAGCUCAGCGCACACCCGGCGGCGGCGGCGGCUCGGAUAUCGGAUUAGUUCAGCCAUGGCUGGGCUCAUCAAGAAGCAGAUCCUGAAGCAUCUCUCCAGGUUUGCUAAGAACCUGUCGCCAGACAAGAUCAACCUGAGCACGCUGAAGGGGGAGGGCCAGCUCACCAACCUGGAGCUGGACGAGGAGGUUCUCCAGAGUGUGCUGGACCUGCCCACCUGGCUGGCCAUCAACCGUGUGUUCUGCAACAAGGCUACCAUCAGGAUACCCUGGACAAAACUGAAGACUCACCCAAUCUCUUUGUCUCUGGAUAAAGUGAUGAUGGAGAUGAGCACGUGUGAUGAGCCUCGUCCACCCAAUGGUCCGUCUCCCAUAGCAACCGCAUCAGGACAAAGUGAAUAUGGCUUUGCUGAGAAAGUGGUGGAGGGGAUCUCGCUAUCCAUCAACUCCAUCGUCAUCAAGAUCAGCGCCAAAGCCUUCAACGCGUCCUUCGAGCUCUCCCAGCUGCAGGUGCACAGCGUCAACACCAGCUGGAGCAUCAGCGACCUGCGGUUCACUCGCAUCCAGGAUCCUCAGAGAGGGGAGAUCUUGAUGUUUAAAGAAAUCAGCUGGCAGAUGAUCCGCAUCGAGGCCGACGCUAUCCAGAGCGCCGAGCAUGAGAUGCUGAGCGCUCCAAUCCGCCUCAUCACCAACCAGUCAAAGAUACGAGUCACUCUUAAGAGACGGAUAAAAGACUGUAACGUGGUGACCUCCAAGCUGAUUCUGAUCCUGGACGACCUGCUGUGGGUGCUGACCGACUCCCAACUGAAAGCUAUGGUCCAGUACGCAAAGUCCCUCAGCGAGGCCAUGGAGAAGUCUGCACAGCAGAGGAAGAGCAUGGCGACAGAUGAUCAGGUCUCAUCGCAGCCUCCAUCAGCCCAGCAGGUUCGAACCCAUCAGGCGUCCCCGGCCGCCGACCAGAGCGCCACCAUAGCCAAACUGUUCGCCGCCUACGACGUGUGCGAGACUUCCCACCACCUCCAGAUCACGCACCUCGACCUGCACAUCUGUGAUGACAUCCACGCCAAGGACAAAGUUAUAAAUAAGAGGAUAACUGGUGGAGCCAUGCAGCUUUCCUUCAGCUCCAUCACUCUGGACUACUACCCUUUCCACAGAGCAGGUGAAAGCUGUGUCCACUGGAUGCACUACAGCGAAGCCACUAAAGCCAGAGAGAGCUGGGCCACGAGUCUGCUGGAUGAGUUCAAAUCCAACGUGGAGAUGCUGAAGAGUGCAGUUCGAGACAAGCGCAGCCCGAGCGCUGCACGCAGCUCCCCACAUCACGGUAAGAUAAACACCUCCUCCUCCAGCACUUCCUUCAGUCCUCCUCCUCCUCCUCAGAGUCCAAAGACCCAACUCAUGUCCAGCUCUGUUGUUGUCAGGAUGGCAGACUUCAGUAUCUACCAGGUGUCAACAGCUGAUCAGCGCCGCUCCACCCCAAAGACCAUGAUCUCCUGUAAUAAGAAGUCCUUGUACCUGCCUGCAGAGAUGCCGGCUGUCCAUGUCGAGUUCACAGAAUAUUACUUCCCUGAUGGAAAAGACUACCCCAUUCCUUGUCCCAACCUGUACGCUCAGCUCAACGCCCUGCAGCUGGUUCUGGACCCUCGCAGCCUGGUUUGGAUCAACCUCUUUGCUCUGGACCUGCGUCAGAGUCUGGAGCAGUUCAUGGAGAUCUACAAGCUCAACGACUCCCAGAAACCUGACGAGCACGUUGACAUCAAGGUCGAUGGCCUGAUGCUGAAACUGGUGGUUCCCACCGAUCAGGACGCCUGCUGCCCUGCAGACCUGCCUCGCUCCGUCUCCGUACAGACUUCAGAAAUGACGGCCACCAACACCCGGCACCCGGCCAACUGCACCCGCUCCCACCUCGAGGCCUUGCUGCAAGCUUUUGAAGCAGAACCGUUCUUCUCUUCAUCUUUUUCCUCGUUUCCUCGCUCCUCCUCCUCUGUGCCCAUCCUUCAUUCUGUCUUCCAGCAGCACGCUCAUGAACAAGACACUAAAAUGCACGACGUCUACCGGGGACUGGUGGUGCCGACGAUGGGCGCAGAUGCCCUCAAGAUGCCUGCCGCCUCAGACUUCUGGGCACUGCACUUUGCCCAGUUUUGGGUGGACUAUGAAGGCACCUGUGGGGGUAAGGGACGCCCACAGCCCUUUGUGGACUCCUUUCCCCUCACUGUGUGGGCCUGUCAGCCCGUGAAACUUGUCCAGCACCAGGAGAACCUGAGAGGAUCUGCUGGAGCCGGGCUCUCCAGAAGCACCUCGAUGGAGGCAGUCGCUCGUUUGCAGAGGAAACGGUUAUUAAAGGAGUAUUACAGCACGGACAGCGCGCCGUCGUCAGCGGUACCACCCAGUAACGGACUCUAUAAACCUCCAUCACUGGACAGCCUGUCUUCUUCAUCCUCUUCAUCAUCCAGUAAAGAUGCAGAUGUGCACAUGCUGGUGCACGUGCAGAAGCACAUAAGUGCUCAGGUGAGCCAUCGGCAGUUUGUGUUCCUGAUGCUCCUCCAGCGCAGCCUCAAAGCUCUGCAGCAAACCCUACAGCAGGAUCUGGAGGACAUGAUCUCCAAGAGGGAACGCAAGGACACCUCCCAGCAUCCUGCUGAGCACCAACCCUUCACUUUCUGCUUAGGGCUCCUGCUCAAAAGUGCAGAGGUGUCCCUCCUCCUGAAGCCUGUACCCCAGCCUGAGGGCACAGGGUCUCCUGCAGGAUCAGAGCUGUCCCCCUCAGAGAGCCGAGGAACUCUGGAGCCUGUGAGUGACGCAGGAGACGGGUCAGAGAAGGGCAAUGACGGUUCUGGCUCUGAAGGAAGAGCAGCUAAGCCACCCAGCACUGUGGACCAGCUGCUGUGUUGUGAAGGUCCAGAGAAUGGAGCCACACAGGGUCCUGCUCCUCUUGUCCCCUCCUCCAGCCCUGCCACACGCCCUGACUCUAAUCACGACGCCACAGAGGAGGAGAGGACUCCAGCUAGGAACUCUGUGAGGGCGAGCUCAGAUGAGCGGGGCGAGGAAAGCCUGACAGCAGGUGACGGAGGUGGGCUAGACUCCAAAUCCAGUGUGAGUGAUCCUCUUUCUGAUCCACUCGGCAGCAAAGACCUAAAUGACAAGAACACAGCAGUGAAGAUGCCUCAGUCCGUCUCCAGGAAAGGAAGUUUAUCUGUGGUUUCUGACCUCCUCAGCUGCUCAAACUCCAGCAGAUCCACCUCCCUUUAUUCCAUGUCUAACAUUGGUCGUUUGAUGCGAGACCGCUCCCAGUCCAGUUUCUCGGUGUCCUAUAAAAACAUGAAGAAGAGCCCGUCCCUGCAGUCCCUGGAUAACAUCUCCAUCGACAGCAGCCUGCUGGAGGACGGAGACACCUACAGCUUGGACAGAGAUGACGUUUCCAUCUCGGGGUUUAAGGACACCGUCAGUGAGCAGAGCGCCACGGAGGCUGCUACUGGUCCAGAGCAGGAAGGAGGCGUGUCCCCCGACAGCGUCAGCGCUGCAUCCCAGAGCAUUGACGAGCCCACCAAAGAUACGGUGUCUGUGCUCGUAUUAAAGGUGCACUCGGUGUGUGUGAGCAUGGAGUCUGUGGGUGAGAGCUCGGCCGUGGCUCUGGAGGUGGGUAAGAUCACCCCCAGCCAGCUGGGCAACGUCAGCCUGCGACAGUACCUGAGCAACCGCAGCCUCGGUAUGGUGUGUUCAGUACCAAUACCUGCUCAGAGCAGCCAAGCUGGAGGUGACACCAACUCCGCCUCCAACCAAACCAACAACAGUCCGGAAGUGCGGGCACGCCUGGAGAGCGGGCCCUGUGUCGCCGCCCAUUCCCCUCUAGCCAUGCGCAACGGCUUCCUGCAACUGCAUCUCCAUGGAUACCAUGCUAGCUUUGUGAUGUCCACGCUACGCAACCUGGCUCUCUUCCUGGAGGAUGACUCUGCUUCACAAGUCCUGCCCAUGGAGAUCAGUGUCAGGGACACGCACAUCGAUUUAAAGGACGACGGCCCGUGUGACCCCGCAGACAGCGAGCGCUCGCCGAUCUCCCUCCACGUGGACAGUCUCAUCAUUCACAGAAGAGACGACGGGUCUUACUCAGUAGGAGCGGACGCUGCAGCUGAAGCCAAAUCCAAGAAAGCAAAUCUGCUGACUGACAGCAGUCUGAGUGCAGUCCCCGAGACCGUGAGCAGCGUCUGCAGGAUAUCCAAGGCUACGCAGACCCAGACUCCACCCACCAGCUCCGGUCCGUCAGCCAAGGAAAAGAUACUGAUGGAGGAGAACGAAUGUCUCAAGGUGGAGCUGUCCCGAACCAAAAUGGCUCUGGCCGAGGCUCAGAUGGAGAAGGACUCGCUGCUUCACCGCAUCAAGAACCUCAAAACCAACAGCAGCUAGACCCGACGCUGUCGGACAGCAGCGAAGGAAAACCUUUCAUGAGCAAACUAGCGUGACGUCAAACCAACGCAAAGACCUAGAAAACGUUUUUAACUCCUGUUUUAUCAUGAACACAAAAGAGUACAGAAGAACGCCUGAGAACGGAGGAGGGCUGAGGUUUUUAUUCCUGGUGGUUCCUACAGAAAACCCCUCCCUCACUGAUGUUGCUGUCGUAGUUAUAAAGUAAAACACGGCAGCUCGUCUCAAAUCGGCUCCUGAAUGUUGUAUCGUUAGGAGAAUAAUUAAAAAACGACUUUGUUUGCACUGAAACCAGUUUAGUGCUUACACGUUCAUGUAAGCACAUCCUCGGUGAGUGAAUCAUGAAGGAAUGUGAACACAUUUAGUUAUUUUCAAGCAAUUUUUCAAGCAAAAAAGCCUCACGAGGAGUAGCCCGUGCCCUCCACCGUUGUCUUAUUUUUCUAUGUGUAAAUAGACGCUCAUCACGUGCUGCACUUUCAAAUCUGAGGCACUAAAUACGAUAAUUACAACUGUGAGAGAACACGGGAGGAGAAGAGAGGGAGCGACUGAGAACAUAAACGUUAAUGCUCCGUUCUUAAAAAAGAAGAGGAUACGGGCACAUCAAAGCUGGCCCACUAUCGGAGUGUGUCGUUAUGGAAACGGAGACAAAAUGAACUUUAUCUUGUUUUAUGGAUGAGCAUCGACCACAACUGCUGCUGUUUCAUCCCUGUGAGAGCGCCAGGAGGACGCUGAGUUUUAAAACAACGUAUUUUUCUAUCAGCACAACACAAAGGAUAGAUUUAGGUCUCACAACUCUGAUCUCACAAACGAAUACUAACAAAAAUGGCCUACGGUAGUAACAGCUUGGCCCGAUUCAUUUCAGGUUCUGGUUCCCAUCAAGACUAGAAAAUACGACCAGUAAAGAUGUUUAUGAAGACUUUGUUUUCUUACAUUUAUUGCAGAUGUUCUCAUGAGAAAAUGCCGCUUUUGGGAAAAGGAAUAAAAUACAGAAGCUAA